UUCCCGCGAGACAACAACCCCGAUUUAGGAGGAAGAAGAAGAAGAAGAGUGUGUUGUUUGUUUGGGUUUUCGCAGGUAAAAUGGGGACUUUUACCUCCUCUGUCUGCACUUUUGGACUUCUCGCACUGCUUGCGUGCACGUUUGCGUCUUCGGAUGUGUUCGACAGCGUCCUGGGAAACACAGCAUCCUGCCAUAAAUCCUGUGAAAUGACGUACAGUUUGCACACAUAUCCGCGGGAGGAGGAACUGUACGCCUGUCAGAGAGGCUGCCGUUUGUUCUCCAUUUGUCAGUUCGUUCGAGACGGCGAAGACCUGAACCAGACCAAAUCCGAGUGCGAAUCGACCUGUCGUGAAGCCUACAGCCAGACUGAUGAGCAGUAUGCCUGCAACCUGGGUUGUCAGAACCAGCUUCCAUUUGCCGAGAAAAGGCAUGAGCAGGUACAAUUGGAGGCCAUGAUGCCCAGGAUUCACAUGCUUUACCCUCUAACCCUGGUCAGAGGGCUUUGGGAGGACGUGAUGAAUCAGGCCCACAGCUUCAUCACCUCCACGUGGACGUUCUACCUCCAGGCCGAUGAUGGCAAAGUUGUCAUUUUCCAGGUUGCGGAAAAAACUGAACCACAAGUCAAGUUUUUCUCCCAGUUUCAAGUGGAAAAAGAAGAUAACGAGGAACCACAGAAGAGCUUCCCCGGGCUGCCAGUUUACAAAGAAUACCACCGCACUUUAAUCCAGGAGAGGGACAGAGACAUGACGGGGGACCGCAGCUACGACGAUGAAUACAACCUCUUCAGCUGUCUUUCAAGGAACCCUUGGUUACCAGGGUGGAUCCUAACCACAACUCUGAUCCUGUCUGUGCUGGUCCUGAUCUGGAUCUGUUGUGCCACUGUGGCAACUGCUGUAGACCAGUACGUCCCUGCCGAGAAAUUGAGCAUCUACGGUGACAAGGAGUACAUUCGGGAGCAGAAACUGACCCCAUACCCAGCAUCCUCCCUGCUGAUCAUCACCUCCAAAGGGCCAGAGGAAGAGGCCGGGCCGCUCCCCUCCAAAGUCAACCUGGGCCAGUCCGACAUCUAGAAGCCAAAGCUGUAGCAGAGAAGGGAUGUCCUCCUUUAUGAAUAAUCUUUAGUUGAUUUUUAUCCUCUGGCACGAGACCCCGUGAUUCUUGUGGUCUAAACAGGAGUAACUACUUGCCGAAAAUUUUGUAUUACUGAUAUAUCUCGUCUCCCCUUUUUUUUUUUUUUUGAAGCUUUUAAAACUGAAGUGAUGAAAAGGUUUAUUUUCUGUAUAUUAGUACAUUGAGGCAUUAUAGUAUAGUGAUAGGAGUACAGGUAAAAAAUAGGUUUGGGAAUUUUUCUUAAAUUUUUUGAUGUAUGCAUUUUGGUAUAUGUUGGUGUGCUUAUUUUGUUGAAAUGAACUAUUUGUGACUUGAAGUGAUGCAGGUUUCACCCCAGACCCCCUCAACUUUUGGUAAAUUGACCACGCUAAUAUUGCUCCCUGUUUGUUUUCAUGUUUCUACUGCAGUGAUUUCCACAUAUUGAAUUUUACAAUAAAACUCUACGCUCUUAAUCUUAAUUAACAGUGAUGGUACGUACAGUAGGCCUUUCCUGCUUUACUGUUGUCUGUUCUCUCUAAAGGUGACUCAGAAUUAAACAAAAUGGAGUAAAGCGCUUGA